AUUGUGAAGUCAAUUCCAAUAUGUCAUGCCUCUGUUAUUUUUAAAUGGCAUCAUCGACAUUGUGAUUGGCCGUGAACUGCAGAGCUUGUGGGUGGCGUUUUCAUCUCACGAACUAUAUGUAAGUGACACGAGAGCACAGCGCACUGACAGCCUGAGUGGGGACUUCAGCAGUGGACCUACACAUCGGUGUUGCGGAGAACUUCCGAUAAGCCAGAGACUUCGCCUCGCGCAACGAAGGAAGUUUGACGCUUUCAGAAUAAACUUCAAAAUGAAAUCUUGCCUCACAUUGCUAAGCCUGCUGUUCAUCUUUGGCAGCCAGCACGUCGACAAGCUUACAGAAGCUUGCUCGUGCGCACUGUCUCACCCGCAGGACGCAUACUGCAAUUCGGAUAUCGUGAUCCGAGCCAAAGUGGUGGGGAAGAAGCCCCUGAAGGAUGGGCCCUUUGGCACCAUGCGCUACACAGUCAAGCAGAUGAAGAUGUACAAAGGAUUCAACAAAAUACAGCAUGUCCAGCACAUCUACACAGAUGCCUCAGAGAGUUUGUGUGGAGUCAAGUUUGACAUUAACAAAUACCAGUACUUGAUCACAGGGCGUGUGUAUGAUGGCAAGGUCUACACGGGGCUGUGUAACUUUAACGAGAGGUGGGAACGCCUGUCCCUGGCUCAGAAGAAAGGGAUCAACCACCGCUACCAGCUGGGCUGCAACUGCAGGAUUAAGCCUUGUCACUACCUGCCCUGCUUUGUGACCUCAAAGAACGAGUGCCUGUGGACGGACAUGCUUUCGCACUUUGGUUACCCUGGUUACCAGUCCCGGCACUAUGCCUGCAUCCAACAGAAAGAGGGCUACUGUAGUUGGUACCGGGGGAUGACCUCUCGCGACAAAACCACCAUCAACACCACUGACCCCUGAACGCUCCACACAUCAUUCAUACUUUUUUAAAAAAAAGUUUCUUUCUACUUCCACUUCUUUCUACUACUACUCAGACCUGUUUCUUUAAAAAUGACCCUUAAGUCUACCUUGUUCCCACAGUUAUCCAUAAAGAGAAAGAGGUCAUGCUAACUCCAAUCCUGCCGAUUAUGCCCGCUUUUUUCAGUGCCCGUGGUAGCACUAUUGAUGUAAACAACCGUGUCCUAAUGUGUAUGGCUCUGCUGUGGCCCACACCAGCUGCAUGCUGCUGUCCACGGAGACACAUACUGAGCAGUUACUGCCUUCAGAAAGACACAUCAAAGAGAGAAACAAGUUUCUUCAGGUUAAAUAAUGGGUUUCGGUUACUGCUGAAACUUGUGAUUAAAUUAAUAUUUUACAUAGUCAGAGGUAUGACAUACUGGGGUUAGAUUUGGAGAUCUUUUUACCUUGUAUCCUUGUAAGGUGAAUCUCAUAGUUACAUUACCCAAACAUGAAAAAUUCAGACUGAACAAAGUUCAUGACACUUUCGAUACAUUUAAGUUAAAAGAAGCUAUUAAACUAAAAAACUAGAAAAUGAUUCUUACCUGGAAAAUUCUUGUGUAUUCCUUUAGGUCUUUUGAGAAUACACUAACCAAGCUUUCUAAAAUGCUGGCACUUUAUUGACAUAGCAUUUGAAUAUAGAGUGCUUGUAGUACUCUAAUAUAAAGCAAUAAGUGUUACAUGCCAUGAAAACUUUUUUUAAAGAUUGGAUGCCAACAAUGCAGCAUCAUUGCAGCAUCAGAAUCUGUAGUGAUUAUCAAGAUCCUCAUGUUUCAGUUAGAGGGCAAUAUUUAGAUGAUGAGGUAAUAAUUUAUGAAAGCAAUAUUUUCUGGCCCUCACAGAUAUAGUAUUGUUUUUAUGAUGAUUAAGAACUAUAUGAGUAAUUGUAUAUGUGUGCAGGUAUACAUAUAGUCCACCAUGUAUACUGUAAAAUAUCUAUUUAUAAAUUAUCUUUGCUUGCCUCCUGCUUUGUGCUCUAGAGUUCAGUCACAAUAUAGUAUCAUACAUUCAUAAAAUAUUUGUUUUAACAAUCACAAAUAAAUAUGAUGUAUAUUUUUUACAAACACAGCAAAAAUGAACCUUAUAGCACAAAAUUUGGGGAACAUUUAUUUUCUUGAGGGGGCAAUACCUGAAAUUUGUAGUUUUGUUUUUUAUUUUGUUUCUCUUGCUGUUUAUGAUAUAAGCUAAGAAACAAUUAUCUGACUGAAACCUCUGUUGUAUGCUAUAAAUAUUAAUGUUUUCCAGAUUAAUUUUAUUUACACAGAAUUAUACAUUAGCUCUCUGCUUUCACUGCUCUUUAUUUAUGACUGUUCUUAAUCUUGAAUGAAAAUCUGCCCCAUAGUAUUUAAGAAAGGGGAAAUAUCCUGUGCAAAUGUAUCAAAAACCAGGAACUAGAAAUCAUAUAAAUGCUAACAGUUCCUUGUUCCAAGGACAGUAUUUCACCUUAAAGCAUGCUUGUACAAUGAUGAUGUUAAAAAUGUUUAAUUUAAUGGUACUUCACUCCCUAAAAGUUAGCUGGCUGGUACUAAUGAAAUUUUUAAAUGUCAUUACAUAAACAGAGGUUUUAGCUAUGGAAAAAUAUUUCUAUAAAUGUAAAAGUAUUAAACAAUUUCAAAUGAACUGGUGCAAAUAAUGUUGAAUAUUGUCACUAAACCUAUUUUCUUUUACAUUUGGGGAGUAUUCACAGUAUCUUCAGUCCAUUCCUCUGUAUGGGACUAGGGUGCCUGGAGAUGAUGAGGACAUGGCCAGUGAAUUCUGACAAGUGUUUGGCAAUUGGCAUUUCAAUGAAUGUUUAGGAACACAAAAUUUGAAAGCAUGUUUUUAAUAGUUUCUGUGCACUGGUAGUGGUUGGGGUGGGGAUUGAGCCUUCCUUUAGAAAAAUGUGGGAUAUUAGUGCAGUUCAUUGUAGAGCACUUGGUGAAGGUAAAACAAUACCUUACUUGUUAUUAAACAGUAUUUGAAAAUUACUUACUAUAACAAUGCCAUUCCUCAAAUCCCAAGCCACUUUAGUCCCCAGCAUUUUAAUAUGGGUUAUCUAGUGUCUGCUUAACACAACCUGCAGUCAGUUUUGUCAUGGACGUGUUUAAAAAAAGUAUGAUCAGGAAAGUUUAUGUACUCUCUCUGUGUGUGAGUGUGUCUCUGUGUGUGCGUGUCUCUCUCUGUGUGUGUGUGUGUGUGUGUGUGUGUGUGUGUGUGUGUGUGUAUACACCGAUUCCUAAGUAAGGGGUGAACAUUUUUCUCAUAGGGGCUUACAGAAAUGUUUUGAUUUUUAAUUUCUGUUUUAUAUUUUUAUAAUAAAGAUUUAAUGAAAAUCGCA